AUGACAGGAUCAAUGGAGGCUAGAGGGAACAUCUAUUUAACGUCCCAGGAUCAAAAGCAAAGCGACAAUCCGAAACAAGAAGACAACGUCUCGAUGACCGGCACAAGCGAUGGCACCGCUCGCUCAGCCCAAGACAUGGCUCUUUUUAAAGAUUUAUUGAGCGCAAUUCGAAACAGCCAAGACAAGGAAACCUGGGAGUUGCUACGAUUCAUACAGGCUGGGGCUCGUCCGGAUGAAAUCCGACAGCAUAUGGAGGAUCGAGGCUUGGUUUACGCAGACGAACGUGACAACAAAGUUAAGAAACAAUGA